AGCCCUUCCAUAAUUCGGAGCUUUCUGGAUAACGGGUCCCAUACCUGUGCUUAUUUCCCAAAGGGCAGCUGCUCCUCAGUGUGAUAUCACUUCCUGCAAACUCCAUUAACAGGGCUCCUAUACCGACAAAGGGCUACCUUUAAAGUAAAUGUAACAGGUUUUGGAGGACAGUUUGAGUCCAAGGAGUUGCCCAGGGCAGGGCAUCGCAGCUAUGCAGGAACUCAUUGCAAGCAUAGAGAAGUUCAGCUUCGACCUUGAGAAAGAUAUUGAAGGUCAGCGGGGUGCACUGCUGCUGCCUUUCCAUGGCAUGGAUAAAUCCGGAGCAGCUGUGUGCGAUUUCUUUGUGAAAGGGGUAUGCAGGAAAGGUCCCAUGUGUCCAUUCCGGCACCUGAGUGGAGAAAAGACUGUAGUCUGCAAGCACUGGCUCAGGGGUCUGUGCAAAAAAGGCGAUCAGUGUGAAUUCCUUCAUGAGUAUGAUAUGGGCCGCAUGCCUGAAUGUUACUUCUACUCUAAAUUUGGAGAAUGCAGCAAUAAGGACUGCCCCUUCUUACACAUUGACCCUGCAUCUAAAGUGAAGGAUUGUCCAUGGUAUGACAGAGGAUUCUGCAAGCAUGGGCCAGCGUGCAAGCACCGGCAUACUCGCAGAGUCAUGUGUACAAACUACCUGGUUGGUUUCUGUCCAGAUGGCCCCAAGUGUAAAUAUGUACACCCUAAAGCUGACUUGGUUCUGUGCAAUACGGACCAUCCGAAGAAUACAACUGUUCAGCAGAGAUUACCUGCUACGUCUUUGCAUUGUGACCUGGAGACCAUAGCAAAGCACCAAGGACUGAUGUUUGACCAUUCUCGCCUGUCACACCUUACAGUGAUCAGCAUGGUGCAGGAGCGCAUCCGGAAACUGCAGGAGAACGUCUAUGGUGGACUGAGACCUCUGGAGCAAGUUACCUGCUUUAAGUGUGGAGAAAGAGGUCACUACGCCAACAAGUGCAACAGAAGCCGUCUUGCCUUCCUGAUGAGAAAAUAAAGAAGCAACUGAGGCUGGUGAAGGGGAAAUGGUUUUGAAGCACAAGCUGGGUGCAGUGAAAGGAUCUUUUUUUUAAGCACUUUGGUUAAAAAAAUUGGAAGAAAGUAGGUAAAUAUGGCUGUUAUUUAAGAUCUGUUGGACAGCAGAUUUCCAUCACUGAUUACUUACAGUGCUUGCACAAGCCAACUCUGUAUCUUAUAAGGCUAGUUUUUCAUCACUUAUGCUAAGAUUUUCAAGUGAUUCAAGUGAUAUUCUGUACCUUGAACAUUCUAGCUACUUUACUACACUGCAACAAAAAACACCAGACCUUGCCAGCAAUUCGUUGUGACCAUUAUUAUUGCACUGUUUGUGACCGAACACUGUGAAAGAUUUUCAGCUAUAGGAAUGUACAAGGAGAUCUGUAGCUGUUUUGCUUUUUUGAAUGACUACCUUAGCAAUAAAGGUGUGAAUGGAUGCUGCUAAUAUAACAAAAUUUUCUAUUAAGUAUUACUAUAUUAUAAUAAAUGUGUUUUG